AUGCCUGGCAGGAGACGAGAUUGUCUUCUGCCAGGAAAUGACCCUGGAGGACCUCCUGGCAGGGCUGAGGAGGACGAGCAGGGCGGCGGGGAGCCACGCCGUCCUGUUCCUCUGCCUUGUCAGGGGGCAGGGUGUCCGCGGGGGGCAGGGAAAGGGCUGCCCAAUACUCUUUUGCAAUGGCAAGAGAGUGGGCAGCCCGGAGUCCCCCCAGAAGGCCCAGGCCGUGCCUGUCCCAAAGGCGGGGCAAGAGGCCGGCCCCGAACAGGCUGGGCAGGUGGGGCCCAGCCCGGGGCAGGAGGCCGGCCCCGCCGAGGCUGGCCAGGUGGGGGUCAGCCAGGGCAGGAGGCCGGCCCCGCCGAGGCUGGGCAGGUGGGGCCCAGCCCGGGGCAGGAGGCCGGUCCCUCUGAGGCUGGGCAGGUGGGGCCCAGCCCAGGGCAGGAGGCCGGCCCUGCCGAGGCUGGGCAGGUGGGGCCCACCCCGGGGCAGGAGGCUGGCCAGGUCGGGGCCAGCCCGGGGUCGGACGGCCUGGGCCUGUGGGUCUCGGCUCCUACCCCGGAGGAGAGGCAGGAGGAGGCAGGGGGCGCCGUAAUCCCCCCGGUGGACGAGGAAGCAGGGCUCGUCCACCGCAGAGUGGGGAGGGGAGAGACAAACCCCUCCCCACCGCCGCAGCGGGAACCCCGCGGGUCAGGGAUGGCUGGCCAGGGGAGGGUCAGGGGGGGAGGCAGGCUGUCCCUUGAUCUGUUGGACAGCCUGCUCUCCACUGGGCACACUCUGACCCUGAUCACCCUGGCAUACUCCACCCUGCAGGAGUACUUCCCUGACUGA